AUGGCGCUGCCCAUAGCCAGGCGUGCAGUUCUGUGCAGGUUAAGAGGAGGAUGUCGGGGUUUGGGGAGUGCACCGGGGCAGCCCGGUCUGAAUGUCCAGCCUCGCGUCUUCUCUGGGAUUCAGCCCACGGGCAUCCCACACCUGGGCAAUUAUUUGGGUGCCCUGCAGAACUGGGUGCAGUUGCAGGAUCAGUACCAAUCCAUAUUAUACAGCAUAGUGGAUCUGCACUCGAUCACCGUACCCCAGGACCCAGCCACCCUGCAGCAGAGCGUUCUGAACAUGACGGCCUGUCUGCUGGCCUGCGGAAUCCAACCAGAUAAAAGCUGCAUCUUCCAGCAAUCGCAGGUAGCUGAGCAUGCGCAGUUGGGUUGGAUCCUCAGCUGUCUCACCUCCAUGCCCCGGUUACGGCAUUUACCGCAGUGGAAGGUAAAGAGUCAAAGCCAACAGAACAAAGGCAGCGUUGGGCUGUUCACCUACCCCGUGCUUCAGGCAGCUGAUAUACUGCUAUAUAAAUCCACUCAUGUCCCUGUUGGAGAUGACCAAGUGCAGCAUUUGGAGCUAACUCUGGACACAGCACGAGGCUUUAACAAACGAUAUGGAGAAUUCUUCCCCAUCCCCAGGGCUAUUAUGGGUAGUUCCAAGAAGAUCCGUUCUCUUAGAGACCCAACAGUUAAGAUGUCCAAGUCAGAUCCCCAAAAGAUGGCUACAGUGCGACUGACUGACACCCCUGAGGAGAUUGUGAUGAAGUUCCGCAAAGCUGUUACAGACUUCACUUCCGAGGUGACCUAUGAGCCAGAGGCACGUCCUGGGGUUUCUAACUUGAUAGCCAUCCACUCAGCACUAACAGGUCUUACAGUGGAAGAUAUUGUGCACCAGGGCCGUGGGAUGGAGACUGCACAAUACAAACUUUCAGUGGCAGAAGUCGUGGUGGAGAAGCUGACGCCUAUUCGCAUUGAGAUCACCCGGCUGCAGGGAGAACCAAGUUACCUAAGGGAGGUGCUUAAUCGCGGAGCACAGAGAGCGCGGGAAAUAGCCGUUCCUGUGUAUGACGACAUCUGCAGGCUUGUGGGUUUCAGAUAACAGCAGAGGGUUUUAGGCCCUUUUAGUACCUGUGGAGAAACUGCAAAGUAAGAAAAUGCAGCUCUGCUUUCUGAAUAUUAACCUGGCUGCUCGAUUCCUUUGCUGAAACUGGGACCAGGAGACAAAAUGGCAGCUAUGAGAAAUAUUACCUUGUCUCAUUCAACAUAAGAAUUCAGUCUUGUUUACAAAGCUUUACUCCAUGACACCUCCAUGAUGUCAAUCAGUGCUUGCUCCUAGGAGCUUCACAUGCCUGAGCUCAAUGUUAUCUAUAUGAAACACAUGAACUAAUGCCCUCUAGUGGUGAAAAACUGUCAAAAAUGCUUUCAACUAAGAAUAUCAAGAGAACAAAGCAAAAUUUGUAAUAAAAGU